UCGAGUUACGCUCUCUUCUUUUACUUCUUCGGUUCUUUUAGUUUUAGAUUCAAAUCUUGCAGAUAUAUACUGGGUUCCUUCUUCAACAAUUUAAAAAGUCAAAUUAUUACAAAAUUGAUCUUUCUGGGUGUGGCAUGCAUGUGUGUUCUCUGGAUUUGACUCAAACUCCUGAAGCUUCAAUGAAAUGAUUCUUUGUUCUCUGUUGAUAUUUUGAUUAUGUGCCAAUAGUACCAUGUACUACACUAUGUAGAAUUGGUGCUUACAACUUAAGUCUUGUAAUGCACCGAUUUGUAACUGAAUCUUCUAUAUAGCACCAAUUUAUUAUUUCUUUAAUUUGAAUGUAGAUUUACUUUUACAAUGGAGUUUGAUGACGGCUACAAGAGGCGAAGGAAAAUCAUAAUCUUUGCGGCGACUGCUGUUGUUAUAGCAGUAGACCAGUAUAUAAAAAAAUAUCUGAAGAAAGAGCCAUACCGUUGUGAACCCCUACGCGGUAUUAUUGAAACAGAGAGAAUUAUCGGUCACACUGAUAAAACCUGUCGAGAACAAAUAAGGUUAAGCAAGAGGGCUUUUUUCAGUUUAAGUCAUUUGAUUAGGGAGAAGGGUCUAUUGAGGGAUAGCAGAUCUGUGCAAGUGAAUGAACAACUAGUUAUGUUUCUACAGACAGUAGGACACAAUGUUAAAAACCGCGUCAUUGCACACAAGUUUGGACAUUCUGGUGAGACUGUAAGUAGGUACUUUAACCUUGUAUUGGGAGCAAUCAUUAAAUUGUACCCGAUACUAUUGAAACCUCCAAGUGUCGCAGUGCAUCAUCGAAUAACAAGUAAUGAAGGAAGAUUUUACCCUUAUUUCAAGGACUGCAUCGGAGCCAUAGAUGGGUCCCAUAUCCCUGCGUGGGUGCAUCUAAGCGACCAUCCGAGGUUCCGUGAUAGGAAGGGUGAUAUUUCCCAAAAUAUUCUUGCUGCCUGUGACUUUGACAUGAAAUAUACUUACAUUCUUUCUGGUUGGGAAGGAUCAGCAUCAGAUGCUCGAAUCUUAGACAAUGCAUUGCAUAGAGACGGCGACGGAAAAUUGGUGCUGCCACGAGGUAAAUAUUAUUUCGUUGAUGCUGGGUAUGCUAACCAACAGGGGUUCUUACGGCCAUAUCGAAACGUACGAUAUCAUCUGAAAGAGUGGAGAAAUAUUGAUCAGUCACCAAGUGAUAAAAAGGAAUUGUUUAACCUGAGACAUUCACAAUUAAGAAAUGUGAUUGAACGUUCAUUUGGCCUCCUGAAGUCAAGAUUCAAGAUCUUGAAAAACCAACCAGAAUAUCCUUUCAAAACACAAGCAAGAAUUGUGUUGGCAUGUGUGUUGUUGCACAACCACAUUCUUACACAGAAUAAUGUUGAAGAAGAAGAACGAUAGCUUGAUAAAGAGGAUGAAGAGGUUGAAGAAGCUAGUACUAGUACCCAAUCCACCCCUCACCAAGUAAAUGAUGAUGUUGAAGAUGAUAGUUCUGAUGGCGAGGAUCAUGUGCUGGAGAAUGGUGAUUGGGAUCUAUUUCGAGAACAAAUUGCUGACCAGAUGUGGGCUGAUUGGGUUACAGACGAUUUGUCCAACUCAGAUUGAGUAUUGAAGAACUAGAAUAUUUGUUAUUGAUUAACUUCUAUUUGGAAUGUAAUUUUGAUGUGGACAAACUUAAUUUU